AUGAGCAAUCACGCACUAAAACUCACCGAUGAAGAGAUGCGGGAUUUCAUCAUCAAUGGGUACGUCAAGGUAAAGGUCGAUUUCCCGCCGAGUUUUCAUGAGAACGCUUACCAACAACUCGACGCAAUGUUUGAACAGACGGGUAAUUUAGGGAACAACGUUCUACCCCUCAUCCCUGAAAUUCAAGAGGUCUUCGAUCAUCCCGUCGUUCACGGUGCCAUGCAGGGAGUGCUCGGUGAAAACUAUGCGAUGCAUUCGCACCGAUACUGCCAUUUCAACCAACAAGGUAGUGAAGGUCAGGAUUUUCAUAAAGAUAGUUAUGAAGGGGACGGGCAGAUUCGUCGGCACCGAUGUCGUUGGACGAUGGCGCUCUACUAUCCACAGGAUGUCACCGAAGAUAUGGGACCUACCGCUGUCCUACCCGGCUCGCAGUAUUACGAAACGGGUGAAAGUGCUCAUGAACAGCCGGAACUCGCACUCUGUGGCGAAGCAGGCACUGUAACGAUUGUGCACUAUGACUUAUGGCAUCGCGCAAUGCCGAAUCAGAGUGACAAGAAACGGUAUAUGUUGAAGUUUCUCUUUAUCCGACUCGAUGAGCCACAAACACCUUUAUGGAAGAGCGAUACCGACAACUGGCAUGCCCUCGGUAACGGGGAAGAAUCCGAGCAUCCGGAAUUGUGGGAAUCGUUAUGGGAUUGGUCUUACGGGAAACAGAACGGGACUACCAACGGUGUUUCGCACACUGAAGUGGAUACCCUCAUCGAAACCUUAGAUGGCGAUAAUGAGAGGGAUAGGCUAAAUGCCGCGUAUCGGUUGGGACGGGUUGGUGCCGCUGCCGUGCCUGCCUUAAAGCAGAUGUUGCAUAGUAAAUCUGAUGCCAUCCGCGAGUAUGCGGGAUACGCUUUAAGCCUCACUGGAGCACCCGCGGUUCCGACGCUCAUUGAUGCCUUACAAACCACAGAUGAUUCCGUGCGGGCAAGUGCGGCGUUUGCCUUGGCGGAUAUGGGGAAAGCCGCACAGGAAGCACUGCCUGCGUUAACCACUGCUGCACAGGAUCCCGACGAAUGGGUACGACGACACGCCACAGAGGGUUUGGGACUCAUCGGACAACAGGUUUCCGAAGACAUGGAUUUAUCCGAGGUGGUGCAGGUCUUGACAUCUGGAUUGCGUGAUGACCAUUAUUGGGUGCGUGAUAACGCCGCUCGCGCUUUAGCCAAAUUGGGUACGAUUGCUGAACCGGCAAUUCCGACCCUUGUUACGCAACUUGAAGACGAGAAUCGGUAUGUCCGUUUCCACGCCGCUUUGGCAUUAAAACAGAUUAAGACACCGGAAGCGCAAGAGGCACUCUUCAAUCAUCUGUUUCGCUUCGCGUUGGUGUGCGCUAACGACACGCGGAACGCCUUAUUAGGGAAAACGUGGAUUAAAAAUUGGUAGGCGAGGUUUCUAACCUCGCCAUAUCUGUGUAGAAAAACCCCUCUUCUGUAGGAGCGCCCUCCCGGUCGCGCCCCCCAACUGCAUUGCCCGUCAAUUGCGAUGAUAUAUUCACGGUAGGAGGGAACUCC